GUUUGGGGGAAAAAAAUUUGUUGGUAAGAAAAUUAAUUUACAGCUGGAGUUCUGCUGCUGGAGAGUAAACUAAAGAAAUGAACAGUUUGAAAGAUAACUGACAGUACUUUCUAUGCGAUCAUCUAAGCAUCAAAUGUUUUCACUUGGAUAGAUAAAAGGCAUACCGGCCAUGGCUGGAACCUUGCUUCGUCCUGACAGGAGUGCAAGUGGCACUGAAAAUUGGGUGCCGAAUGGCUCGAUGCUGACCUCCCAGGUACAUGCAGCUGCUGUCAAUGGAGACAAGUGUGCAUUACAUAAACUCAUAGCAGCAAAUCCAGACUUAAAGGAUACAGAGGACCAGUUUGGCCGGACGCCACUGAUGUAUUGUGUGCUUGCUGACAGAUUGGACUGCGCUGAAGCACUCCUUAAAGCUGGAGCUAAUGUCAACAAAGCAGAUCGCAGCCAGAGGACAGCUUUGCAUCUUGCAGCACAGAAGGGAAAUUAUCGCUUCAUGAAGCUAUUGCUUGGACGGCGUGCAAAUUGGAUGCAGAAGGAUCUUGAAGAGAUGACUCCACUUCAUUUAGCUACUCGGCACAAAAAUCCUAAAUGUUUGGCUUUGCUGCUUAAAUUUAUGGCCCCAGGAGAAGUGGACACCCAAGACAGAAACAAGCAAACAGCAUUGCACUGGAGUGCCUACUACAAUCAUCCGGAGCAUGUGAAGCUGCUGAUAAAACACGAUUCCAAUAUAGGCAUUCCUGACAUUGAAGGCAAAAUUCCACUCCAUUGGGCUGCCAGUAACAAAGAUGCCACAGCCAUUCACACAGUGAAAUGCAUUCUGGAGGCUGCUCCUACCGAAUCACUACUAAACUGGCAAGAUUAUGAAGGGCGAACACCACUGCACUUUGCUGUUGCUGAUGGAAAUGAAGCUGUGGUUGAUGUAUUAACCUUGUAUGAGGGAUGCAAUAUAACAUCCUACGAUAAUUUAUUUCGAACUCCUCUACACUGGGCAGCUUUAUUAGGUCAUGCUCAAAUAGGAUAUCUUCUACUGGAAAGAAAUAAGUCAGGUACCAUUCCAUCAGAUAGCCAAGGAGCCACACCAUUACAUUAUGCUGCUCAGAGCAAUUUUGGGGAGACUGUCGAAGUAUUCUUAAAUCAUCCAUCAGUGAAAGAUGACCCGGACUUGGAAGGGCGCACCGCAUUUAUGUGGGCUGCUGGAAAGGGCAGCGAUGAUGUACUCCAAACCAUGCUAAGAGUUAAAUCAGACAUUGACAUCAACAUGGCAGAUAAAUAUGGUGGAACAGCUCUGCAUGCUGCAGUCCUCGCAGGUCAUGUCAGCACAGUGAAGCUGCUAUUGGAACAUGGGGCACAGGUCGAUGCCAUGGAUGUGAUGAAACAUACACCACUUUUCCGGGCUUGUGAGAUGGGCCAUAAGGAGGUGAUCCAGACACUUAUUGAAGGGGGUGGCAGAGUGGAUUUGCUCGACCAAGAUGGCCAUAGUCCUUUACACUGGGCUGCCCUUGGAGGAAAUGCAGAUGUCUGUCAGAUCCUGAUUCAGAAUCUGAUCAACCCCAAUGUGCAGGAUUUUGCUGGGAGAACUCCUUUGCAGUGUGCUGCAUACGGAGGCUACAUCAACUGUAUGGCGGUGCUCAUGGAAAACAAAGCUGAUCCCAAUAUACAAGACAAAGAGGGACGAACGGCACUACAUUGGUCCUGCAACAAUGGUUAUCUGGAUGCUGUUAAGCUUUUGUUGGGUUAUAAUGCCUUUCCUAAUCACAUGGAGACAAAUGAAGAAAGGUUCACUCCUCUUGAUUAUGCCUUGCUUGGAGAACAUCAAGAGGUGAUCCAGUAUAUGCUGGAACAUGGAGCACUAUCUAUUGCUGCAAUUCAAGACAUUGCUGCUUCCAAAGUCCAGGCAGUUUAUAAAGGUUACAUGGUUCGUAAGGCUUUCCAGGAAAGAAAAAAUCUUCUCAUGAAGCAUGAACAACUUCGAAAGGAUGCUGCCAAGAAACGUGAGGAGGAGAAUAAAAGGAGGGAGGCAGAGUUUCAAAAAGAAAAGAGACUGGAAUCUGAGUUAAAUGUACAACAAAAAGUUGGAAAUUUUAAUUGCCGUAUUGCAGAUGUUUAUUCAAUAAAUGAAGCAUGUUCCUCCUCAGCCGUCAUUUCAGAGGGUGGUCAAUUGGAGCAGAAAGUUGGUGAGGAUUUGAAGAGACGAUCCAAAAGCAGAUUAGAAGAGAAACCUUGGAGGAGUACUGACACCAUUCAGAGUCACCCUCCAUCUGCAGGAUCUGGAAAAAGAGAGAUGAAAAGAAGAAAAGAUCAUAACAGGAAAAGUUCCAAAAAUAACCUCAGUAAUCACCAGCAGUUCAACGAACAAAGUGUCUCUGGUGAACUACAUGCUUCCAGACAACAUGUGCCUUCAGAAAGAAGUGACAGAACUGAGAUUGAUAAAAAGAUUCCUGAAAGUAACAGUAGACUCAAUGGUGGUAGAUCAAAACCUGCUGUCCUUCGAUCAGCCAGUACAACAAAAAAUCUAGUGAAACAGCAGAGUGCGUCUCCAUUACCUUGUAGCAGACAUAAAAUGAAAUCUGACUGCGAGGAGCCUGGAGUAGGACUAAAGAGUGGUCGAUUUUCACCUGCUGGUUCAAGCCGACCUGGAAGUGCCAAACCUAUUGUAAGCAAUAUUGACAAUACUAGCUAUAUUGGCAGCCAGAUCUCUGAGAGUAUUGCUCCUGUUUUGCAUCCAACUUCCCCAAAACCUAAAAAUAGCAAUUCUACAACAACAGCUGGAACCAGUGGAAAACAUAAUACCCUUGAAAAAGCACCUCAGGACAGAACUGGAAUUUCUCAGUCUCUUAUCUCUGAAAACUGUUCAUGCACUCCCUCAAGUCAUCAAAGUUCUGAUAUUCUGCUUAUUCCUUUGGAAGUCCGAGUACAAAUAGUGGAAAAGGAAAGACUCAGAAAAGAGCUUUUUCGAAAGAAGAAUAGCGCAGCAACGAUAAUUCAGAGAGCUUGGAAGAGUUACAGGAUACGUAAGGGGUUGCUCCUGCUCUUCCAUUGGCGGCGUCAGAAUGGGGACAGCGCUGAUGAGACGUGGAAGCAGGAGAUGGCUGCCUUCACCAUCCAAAUAGCCUGGAGGAAAUUUCUCAGUAGCAAUGUCCAGAAUGUUAUUUCCAGUAAAAGCAGCCAAACAUUCAGCCCCAGGAGCUCAAGUGUUAGGACAGCUAAGCAGCACUCAGUAUUAAAGCAAAUUUAUGGGAAGCCUCAGGAAGAAAAAGGGCACAAUUCACAACAAUCGUUCCCUCUCAGAAACAAUCAAGUAUCUGUCCGGAAAGCCUCUGGAACCCCUGUGAAAGGUGUGUUUCGAAGAGUCAGAUCAGCGUGCAGUACAUCUCUCGGUUCUAGGAAUCAUUCCCAGGUUAUGCUCAACUUAACCUCCUUCAGCGGGCACACUCACUUGAGUAACCUUCAAGAUGUUCAGCUCCUGGGAAACACUAGAAAUUCUAAACAGUUCUCCUACAACAUGCGACCACACACGUCAGGGAUGACGCAUAAAGCUAGACCCAAAGAAUAAUGCAGCAAUGCAGGACUGUAAUCGUUGGACAUGCUGUGAGAAUGUGUUCAUCUCAGCCCCUUCAGCUGUACGGGUACUCCUGAAGAAAAAGGGGGAAAAAAAAAGAGGCAUCCCUACACUUUUCACAAAAGCUUGCUGAUUUAAAGAGCAAAUUUGAGACACAUUCUUAAGGAGAUUCCAAUAAUUAGGACAUAAAUUACUUAUUAUUACCAAAGCAAACAAAAACUAGCUAAAACCACAGAAGCUGUGUCACAGGAAGCAGCCAUUCAGUCCAUUGUGCCUGUGUCAGCGAUCUGAAAGACGUACAUACCUGUUUCCAUCACCCUGCUCUUCUCCCAUUCCAUUUAGACGUUUUCAGAGAUGUGUCCGUUUCCCUCUUUAAAAACGGUUGUCAGAGUGUGCAAGCCAUCCCAGAAUACGUAACAAUGCCAGAAACCAGAAGUAACCUCAUGGCUUCUUUGUUCAUUUUAUAAUCUAGGUUCACAUCCUUUAGAUAUCAAUUCACUACACAGUAGAAACAGAUUUCCUUAUCUACCUCAAAACAUUGCACCUCUAUCUGGCCUUUAAUAAAGAGCCAUUUUUCCUAGUCUCAUAACUAAAGCCUGUCAACCCUAGUUUCAUUUUACAGCACCCUAAAUAUGCCAGAAGGUAUUUGUGCAUUUAACAAUAUCUCUUUGUUUUUGUACUUCAAUUGCUGUUUGUAAAACCCAAGAUAAUAAAUCUUAAUAGCUUUCCAAUUUGACCUCUCACUUUUUAAAAUAUUAUUGCUCAUGAACUCCUUUGAAAGCUUUUUCAGUUAGUUUGUACUCUCUCAUUUUUCCUUACAAAAUACAUGUAUUUCACCUCAUUCUGACAACAACCCUGCUUGUUAACCCGUUGCUUUAGUUAUUUAGUCAUAUUUUACAGAAGGCCCUUCAGUCCACCAUAUCCAUGUAGGCCAUCAAGUAUCAAUGAUAAUCCCAUUUUUCAGCAUUGGCCUGUAGCCACAAUCUACAGUUUUAUCCUUUGAAACCCAUUUUCCUCAGGUCACAGGCCCCCAGCUCAGUAAUUUUUUUCAUACCACAUUUUAGGAAAAUGCAAUGCAGUACUCCUACUUAGCAACCUUAACUGCUUUAAAAACCAACGCUGCAUAUGUGGUAAAUCUCUGUUAAUCCGACACACAUGGGACUUCAGUGGUGGUCUGAUGAGUGUAAAGGAAAAUCAGGAAAUGGGACCCUGGUGAGUGAAAAGGAUCACAGGAAAUGGGGCCAUGGCGAAUGCAAAGGGAGUGCAGCAUUCACGGUUCCAGUGUGUGUGAAAGGAGCACGGAAGAUGGAACUCCAGGAAGCACAGUUCUGGUGAGCUUAAAGGGAGUGUGGGAAACAUCACCAGGUGAGCCAGAUGCCAAACUAUCGAGACUUCUGAAUAAUAGGAUAGCAGAUUAUCAGAGUUUUACUGUAUAUUGUACACGUUAUGUAUGUAGUUUUUAGUUUUAUAGAACACAUGAUCAAUCUUAAUUAUUCUAGCUCUCUGCUACAAUCUUAAAUUAAUCCUUCUGUUUGACCUCGUCCCCAAAACACAACCUUCUUUCAGUUCCAAUACUUACACUAAAAAAAAUUCUCUUUAUGGAUGCACUGUUUGCCAUGUGAACGAAGUUUGCCAAUGUUGUGGACCUGAAAAGCUAACACUUUGCAGAUGCUGCUUGGCCUCCUAAUGAUUUCUAACACUUUUCUUUCAGGUUUCCAGGAUCUCCCUUUCUUUUUAACCCUUUGCACAAGCUGGUGAACCUAGUUCUAUUGAGAACAUGGACCCAGUCAUAUCUUGAUACAGAGCUAUGUUCAAGGCUCCAUGAAUCUGAACUUUUCCCUUCAACAUACUCUCUCCAGCCAUAUAUUAAAUUAUGGAACAUAAUUAUAAAGUGAGUAUUUCAGAAAUCCAGGUUCUGUAAUUAAAAACAUUUUCUCUCUUCUCCCCUCGCCUCCCUUGUGCUGAUUCCCAACUCCGUUUUCUACCUCUAUGAAAAGGCAUCCACUUCCCUUCCUCAACUUGCAUUCUAGAAAUGCUUAAGCCUCCCAUCCAUUUUCGAAACACUUAAACUCAAACUUUUGAGAUAACUUUGCACAAAUAAUUAUCGGCAUACCCUGCACACGUGUUCCUUUACAUAUUUAGCACUUUGACACCUCCAAUUUAAUUGUAGGUCAACUGCAAUCCAAAGCUGAACUCCCAAUCAGCUCCUUGCCUGUUUUUUGUAUUUUUAAAAAUGAGUUUUUUUAAUUAAAAUGAGAUUUUACAUAAUAACAGAACUGCAGUAUAUAAUAAUAGAACUCAAUCAAUCAAUUAAUAUAUUAGGUACUUGAGUCAUGUAAGGGCUCAGACAAAUCAAAGUUCUAAGUAUUGAAUAGUUAAAAUGAAUUAAAAGUCAAAAUAAAAUUUAGUAUUUGUACUUGUUCUAUUCACUUCUCCAUUGAAACUCUAUCUGCUUUUUCUCUGGAAUUUAUUUUUAAAUGAAAUAUUUGAGGCCAUCCAUAUAUCAGAAUAUUUUCUCCUAAAGUCAAGCAACAGAAAAGUAUUCCCAAGAAUAAGUACAAAAUAUUAUUGAUGGUCUGUUAAUGGCUCAUCCUUUAGGUAGUCAAAGCUCCUAGUGUUCAGUACAUCACUACAAAUGCCUUUAUUAACACCUGCUGCAUUUAAGAGAAAUUGAAUACUGAAGUGUAUUUUACAAUAGCUAUGUGCACGGAAUAUCUUAAGCACAGAUUAUGAAAUAUGACACUUCAAACUAACUGGGCUGGAAAUAGUUAAGGCUUUGGCACACGUGUUUAUGCCAAAUUCAAAUUCUGAGUUCAAUUUUUUGUAAGUUUGAAUUAAAAUCGGUCAAAAAAAUCCUGUGCUAUAUUCUUAAAAUUUAAUGCAAAUUAAUUUACAUGUUUUUAAAUUAAUAACUUGAUUAACAGGAAUAAUGUUGAAUUUUAGCACACUUACCUGGCUUUCACACAGUUCCAUGUACAAUAUCAAUGUGGUUUCAUUACGUACUGCCAAACAUGAUAGAAUGGGAUUUUUAUAUUUAUCACGUAAUAUCCACUGAACUAUUCACUUGCAAGCACCAAAUAUAAACUGUCUAUUAUGCUUCAAGUUUGGGAAAGGAAAUAUAAAUUUAGUAAAUUGGUUACAAUAUAGCAA